ACCACAGGGGUCCCAACUUAUUAUCCAAGAUCCCUUGCGAUGCAUGGUCGCUUUGGUUACCAUCAAACAUCGGUGGCGGCCAUUUUGAAACCGUGGGGCAACAAAAACAAGAUAAAUAGGAGGAAAAUUAAAAGAGAAUUCCUUCGUAUCAGAACAUGUCCGAAGACUUAGCAAACUCUUAUGCUAUACGGCCGAACUUUAAGCAAAAAUUUAGACCUGCAGCUGUAAAAACUCUGAUACACGAUGUUCUGAAUGAAGAAAUUGGAAAUAAAAAAUACGACCCUGAAGAUUCAAAAGACUGGCCUAAAUUAGUUAGUGAUGCACUGUUGGUAAAAUUGAAAGAGCUUGAGCUUGAUAGAUAUAAAUUUGUUGUACAAGUUGUGAUUGGUGAACAGAGAGGAGAGGGAGUCAAUGUUGGCUGUCGAUGCUUAUGGGACUCAGACACUGAUAACUUUGCUCAAGACCUAUUAAUGACUGACACAUUCUUCUGCGUGGCUGCUGUUUACGGCGUAUUUUAUUACUAAUAAUAUCCUAAUAUUAUCUUUUCAUGUAUUGUAUAUACCAUGCACGCAAUUGAUUGUAAAUAGCGUAUUAAACCAAUUUUCUCCAGCGGUCUAAGAUAUUCUAGUAUGUAUAAAAACAUCAACUGCAGUGUGUAAUGCCAUAUAGCCAUGUCGGUUCAGAAACGCCCUCGGGCUAGCGGGCUAGAGAGUUUAGUUCACUGUACUCUAAUUAUUUUUUUGUCGUGAUCGGACGCGGUUGUUGCUUGUUUGUUUUUCGUCUGUUUUUAUUAUCAUUCUUUUUAGAGGUGUUUCUUUUUGAUCAGUCAUCUUCCUAGUGUUACCCGACUCCAGUAGCAGGUCCACUAGGGGUGGUUACGUGGGUGCCAUAGAACCCCCCUUUAGUAAGAUCUUGUGAAGCUAAUCAUGCUCUUUACGCUCAGUAGAAUGAAAUUGGAAUCCCCUCUGUGAAGCUGAUCACGCCAGCUUUUUCUACCAUCGAAUUGUAUUACACAAACAAAUAGACUUUCAAAUGGUUUUUAAUCUAAGGUAAUCAAACAACACUAAAUUACAAUGAAACAUUCCAAUCGUGGUGUCAUUGGGGGCGUAUCCAGGGGGAGAAUUGUGGGGAUCGCAAUCCCCCUCGCACCAUGAGAAUCUCGAUUCUUAAUAAGGAUGUACUGAAGAAAUAGAAAACGCGCGCGCGUGCUGUGUGCAGUUAUAAAGCUCGCGGGGGCUGGCAGUUUCCUAUUGUAAAUCACUAAUGUGACAUAGGUUUACUGUCGAAAGAAAUAAAUAUUGUUAUUAGAGAAGUGUUAGCAGAAGCACGAAGCGUAGCGGAGUGCUUCUCACACUUAUUGA